GCCACUGAUGAGGAGGGCUAGUAUCUCCUCCUCUUAUUCUUCCUCUAACACAUUUUACACAGUCUGCAUUUCACAUUUCACUAUAUUUUGGAACAACAUAAGCGCGUGCACUGAUACAGUUUCCGACUUUUCCCGAUCCCCCAUGCUGGGUUUCCCAAUAUUGGCCAGUUCGGUUCGUGUUAUGAGAAAUCCUUUUUUUUUUGCAUAGCCUUAAGGCACCGCAUGAUUUCCAGCAGCCAGAGAGAGAGACAAUCGUGUGAACUGCUCCCACUUGAAGAUGGCGGUUGUGAUGCUGUCUGGGACCGGAGCACAGUGCUGGAUCUGCAUAGGACGCUAACUUGAUGGAUAUAAAGACAAUGUUGAGUUUUUAUUUUCUCUGUCUUCUGGACUGGACUCUUUUGGGAUUGUGUUAUUAGGGCAUACGCACACUUUCAACACCGGCUGAAAGUGGACUGGUCUUUUCGGGGACGGGGAGAGCCAGACGGAUAGCCAUAGCUUGCUAGCUAACACAUUGAUGGUAGUCCAGGCUGGGAGGAAAGUGGAUGAAAAUGUCGGAUACCAAGGUAAAAGUUGCAGUCAGAGUCCGACCCAUGAACCGGAGAGAAACGGAACUGCAUACAAAAUGUGUGGUGGAUAUGGAGGAGAACCAAACUGUUCUGCAUCCACCGCCUUCCAACAAUAAAGGAGAAAACAGCAGGAAACAAUCCAAGGUGUUUGCCUUUGACCACUGUUUCUGGUCCAUGGAUGAGUCCAACAUGCCCAAGUAUGCUGGUCAAGAGGUGGUGUUCCAGUGCCUUGGUGAGGGAAUACUGGAAAACGCCUUUCAAGGAUACAAUGCCUGCAUUUUCGCCUACGGACAAACAGGAUUAGAUCCUUGAUCCGCUCUUCCUGUCCUGAAGAACAACCUGGAGCGGAGUGACACACCUUGGAAACAAACGCUUUGGAGACCACAGAUAAUAUGGGGUAGUCUGUAUCUUCCCUGCUGUCAUAGGGCUAACAGACACAUUCAGAAGAGACUGUAUACAUGUAGGGAUACUUAGAGAUGUGUUUGAUUUGUUGUCUUCUAUAAAUCCCCAUUUAUUUAGUAGUUCUGGUGUAUUGGAGGGAAGAGUAUUCUACAUGCAGGGUUUCAGUUUGCCAGUAAUUGACGGCUUUUGGCCGAUGAAAAAAAGAAAAGAAAAGCAGAUAAAUAAAACAGCUGCCGGCCAAAUUGACCGGGAGAAAAAACAAUCGCAUUGCAAAAUAAUGUUUUUUAUU